AUGCCGGAACUCAAGAUCGCACGAAUAGAUGUUUUUCAAGUCGAUCUCCCCUACUCAGGCGGCGUCUAUCAUCUAUCCGGUGGAAGAACCUACAAGAAUUUCGACGGCACUAUUGUUCGAAUCACUACUCAGAGUCUCAUUGAAGGUUUCGGCGAAAGUACACCUUUCGGUGCUACAUUUAUUGCUUCCCAUGCUCUUGUUGUUAGAGCAGGCAUCGCAGAAACCGCUCCUCAUCUAAUUGGACUUGACCCCCGUGACGUUGAUCGUAUUAAUGACGCUAUGGAUGCCGCAUUGAUUGGCCAUCUGCACGCCAAGACCGCUAUUGAUGUUGCGUGCUAG